UUGCGUUGUGCAUGGUAGGAAAUAAUUAGGUGAAGGACAGGCCUUCGUUGAGUAAAGCGUGAGUAAAUAGGUACAGUUCUUUUUGGAAUCAAUAAAUAGUUCUAAUGAGAUGUGUUCAUUAUAACUUCCCGUCAAUUUAUUUUAUUAAUUAUUUCCAUGAUAAAAAGCACGUUUUUAUAAGAUUGUCUCAUCAUUCAAACCAGCUGGGAUCGACCAUCGAGAACUGACCAUGAAAAAUAAACUUUCUGGAAAGAGUGAGGGGCCAUCUGUGGACGGACAGCCCAUGGACUAUGUAGUGGGAUCAGUAUCAGGCAGCUUGUUUCCAAAGGAGUCUGCAUCCAGUUCGGGAUCUUUAUCUGCCUUGUUCCAAGCUGCGCCAGUAGUUGACACACUGUUCUUUGUUCCUGCUCCUAAGCCUGAACCGAGGAGCGUGGAGGUGAAGGAAGGCGCAGUCACAAAAGUCCCGAACACAGAAAAAACGAAGAAAGCUGCUAAGGACAAAUCGGCUGCAGACCUAAAUCUAGAAAACAGAGAAAGUGCGUUACAAAAUGCUGACGAAGAUGAACAGAUCCCAAAGAUGCCCAAGAAGACUAAACGGAAAGCUGCUGAGAUGGAAGAAGGGGGUGCGACAGAGGAGGAGGAAAGGCAGACAAAAAAACAGAGGACUGGAGCCCAAAUUGCGGCGGAGAGGGUAAAGCAGAAACGAACAGUGUUUGUCGGCAACCUUCCUGCCAGCUGCACAAAGAAGACCCUACAGCUUGUCUUCAAGGAUCAGGGAGCCAUUGAAAGCAUCCGAUUUCGAUCCGUGGUAAGAGAGGAUCCAUCUAUGUCACGCAAAGUAGCAGCUAUUCAACGUAAGGUUCACCCAAAGAAGCAGAGCAUCAAUGCCUACGUGGUGUUCGAAGCUGAGGAAGGAGCCGAGAAGGCAUUGGAAAGGAAUGGCAUGGAGAUUGAGAAAAACUUUCACAUCCGGGUGGACAGGGUCUCCAAAAGUUCAUCGCACGAUCACAAGAGGUCAAUAUUCAUUGGCAAUCUACCAUUCGAUAUAAACGAAUUGCCAGUGCGACAGCACUUUGAGGAGUGUGGCAAGGUGGAGGGGGUGCGAUUGGUGCGGGACAAGAACUCUGGAAUGGGCAAGGGCUUCGGCUACAUCUUAUUCCAGAGCAUCGAUGCUGUCCAGCUGGCCUUGAAACUAGACAGCUCCAAACUCCUCGGGAGGUCAGUCCGGGUGAAGAGGUCAGUGAAGAAGGAGAAAGAGAAGAAGAAAGUGGUGCACAGAGGGCCUAGAGGGAAAGAAAGAGAAACUAAAGGUGCAGGGAAGGAGCCUACCAAAGGAGGAUUUAAGGGGAGACCGGGCCAGGGCGUUCCCCAAAACAAAUCUUCCGGGGGGCCGCAGGGGAAGGGGCCUCAAAUGAAAUCGAUGGGGAAGCCAUUCAAGAAAAGUCCAGGCGAGGCACAGAAAGCCACCACAAGCCCCUCUUCCUUCAAAGGUGAGAUGGCCGACCCAAACAGCAAAAAAGCAAAGGCGAAAGCACUGAAGAAGAAACUCAAACCGAGGAAAAGGAAUCAGGUUGUACACAUUUGAUGGUCUGUGCUUUGUGAUGCAUCGUUAAAGCAGAAAAUUGGUUGUAAAAUGAUCAUGGUGUGUAAACGUUCCUGAUGUAACAUCCAGGCCCUCCCACAUUUCCAGUUGAAACAUGGUUGUUUUUUAGGUUGGGGCUGUCCCACCGAAUAUGUAUGUCAAUCCCACCUAAUGGUAAGGUUAAACAUUCAUUGACAUUAAAAGACUAAAUAAAA